AUGAAGAUAUUUUUGUUAAUAUUUAUAUUUUGGUCAAUUCAAAAAUUUGGUUUAAGUUACAAUAUUUUGGGUGUUUUUGCUUUUUGUCAGUAUAGUCACUUUUCACUGGGAUUUCAAUUGUUAAAAUCGUUGGCAGAUAGGGGCCACAAUGUUACUAUGAUCAGUUGUUUUCCCCAACAAAAACCUAUUAAAAACUAUGUGGAUAUAUCAGUAAAGGUAGGAAAUAAUCAGGAUCAAGUACUAGGUAUAUUAGCGAGAGGACCUGAACUAAGAACAAUGACGCAUUGGGCAAAAUUAAACUUCAUGGCAGCAUUCGGAGAAAUUUAUAGUUCAGUCAUAUUCGAAGUAAAAGAAGUUCAAGAUUUACUAAACUCCGAUCAAAAAUUUGACGUUGUAAUUCAGGAAAAUUUCCUAAACGAAGCAUUUGCGAUAUUUGCUUAUAAGUUUAACUGUCCGUCGAUUAUGUUUGUGCCGACUCCGACAACAUUUUUUAGUAAUUACAUAGUAGCCAACCCUUGGUCGCCGGCUUUUAUCCCGAGUAUUAUAGGAGAAUAUACAGCAGAAAUGAAUUUUUGGCAGCGGCUUCGAAAUACUUAUGAACAGGUACUUGGGGAAUAUUUUAUCCACCAUAAGGAGAUUCCAAUCCAAAACCAAAUGUUGAAAAAAUACAUUAAAGGUGCUCCUGAUCUAAACAGCAUUUUAUACAACACUAGUUUGUUAUUUAUUAGUUCACACGUUAGUUUUAUUGAUCCAAUACCUCUGCAACAAAAUGUAAUUCCCAUUGGAGGAUUUCACGUGACUCCUCCUGAGCCCUUACCAAAGAAAAUCAAGCAUUUCUUGGAUUCCGCUCCCCACGGAGUUAUCUUAUUUUCGAUGGGUUCAAAUAAAGGUAUCACUUUUAAUGCUUGGCAAAAGAAAGACAUGUUGAAAGUGUUUGCAAAACUUUCACAAAGGGUGAUCUGUAAUGUAGAUUUAGCUCCAUUUGAGAUACCAGAAAAUGUGCUGGUAGAAGAGUGGGUGCCCCAAAAAGACAUCUUAGCUCAUCCAAACACAGUGGCUUUCAUUUCUCAUGGCGGUUUAUUGGGAACAACUGAAGCGGUAUAUUUUGGAGUUCCAAUACUGGGAAUACCAAUGUUCUGGGAUCAAGCUAAAAAUAUUGAAGAGGUAGUUGCAAAAGGUUUUGCUAUACGAUUAGAUUUCGAAGAUAUUAACGAGCAGACUUUUGAAACAUACCUUAAAGAACUUCUUAAUGAUACUAGUUAUAGGAGAAGAGCUAAAGAAAGGUCACAAAUGCUUCGCGAUCAACCAGUAAACCAACGAGACCAAGCUGUAUUUUGGGUAGAAUAUGUAAUUAGACACAAGGGAGCGCAUCAUUUGAAAUCAGCUGCGCUUAAGCUUAAGUGGUACCAAAGGUACCUUUUGGAUAUUAUUUUAUUUGUCACUGUCACGUUUAUAUUUAUUAUAUUUGCGUUUUGCUACUGUAUAAAAUUAUUGGUAUCUAUAAAAAAUCAAACAAAGCUAAAGAGUAAAAUAAAAUAA